CCUAUAUAAAAGCCCCGCAGGCGCCGGCCGCGCGCUAGAAACUGCCGGCUGGGAGGCGAGAAGGAGGGAGCAUCGAUACCCUGGGCGGAGAAGCGACCCUAAAUACACUCUCCCUUUCCAUUUGCGUGGAGGGGGCGGGGAUUGGACCAAACAGAGCACCAUGGUGAAAGAAACCGGCUACUACGACAUCCUGGGGGUGAAGCCCAGCGCCAGCUCGGAGGAGAUUAAACGCGCCUAUCGCAAGCUGGCGCUGAAGUACCAUCCGGACAAGAACCCGAGCGAGGGUGAAAAGUUUAAGCUCAUUUCCCAGGCUUAUGAAGUUCUGUCAGACUCCAAGAAAAGGGACCUGUAUGACCAGGGUGGGGAGCAAGCAAUUAAAGAAGGAGGUUUAAGCGACGGCAGUUUCUCUUCACCCAUGGACAUCUUUGACAUGUUCUUUGGUGGUGGAGGCCGAAUGAAUAGAGAGAGAAGAGGCAAAAACGUUGUGCACCAGAUGAGCGUGAGCCUCGAAGACUUGUACAACGGAACCACACGGAAGCUGGCGCUCCAGAAGAACGUGAUCUGCGACAAGUGCAAAGGCUAUGGCGGAAAGAAAGGGGCCGUGGAGAAGUGCCCCAUCUGCAAAGGGCGUGGGGUGCAAGUGAUCGUCCAGCAGAUCGGGCCGGGCAUGGUGCAGCAAAUCCAGACGGUCUGCCCCGAAUGCAAAGGCCAAGGCGAGCACAUCAACCCCAAGGACAGGUGUGUCACCUGCAGCGGCAACAAGGUGGUGCGAGAGAAAAAGAUCUUAGAAAUUCACAUCGACAAAGGCAUGAAAGACGGCCAGAAAAUAGUGAUUCACGGAGAAGGCGAUCAAGAACCCGACCUGGAGUCCGGAGACGUCAUCAUUGUUCUAGAUCAGAAAGAUCACCCCGUGUUCCAGAGGAGAGGCCAAGACCUGAUUAUGAAAAUGAACAUCCAGCUCACCGAGGCCUUGUGCGGUUUCAAAAAGACCAUCGAGACGUUGGAUGAGAGGGUCCUGGUCAUAACCUCCAAACCAGGGGAGAUAAUAAAACACGGAGACCUCAAAUGCAUCCGCAACGAGGGAAUGCCAGUUUACAAAAAUCCGCUGGAAAAGGGCGCUCUGAUCAUACAAUUUUUGGUGAUAUUCCCGGAGAAGAAUUGGCUUCCAGAGGAGCGGCUACCUCUGCUAGAAGUCCUGCUGCCGCCCCGGGAAGAAGUCCUGAUCACAGAUGACAUGGAUCAAGUCGACCUUGUCGAAUUUGAUGCGAGGGAACAGUCUCACCGCAAGUACCGGGAAGCUUACGAAGAGGACGAGGAGGGCCCUCGGACCGGGGUGCAAUGCCAGACCUCUUAAGCACGGAGAUAUUUCAGGGACUUGUGAGUUCGGCCGCCUUUUGGAGGCGAUCAUGAAUUGCUGUGCAUUGUUUUGAAAGGAAACGCUUCCAUGAUGCCUUGUUCCAUGUUGAAGGACUGGUGUGUGUGUGUGUGUUUAAUUUAAGGAAGGGUGCCAUGGCGCAUCCGAAAACCCCCAAGAGGCAUCAAGCCCGCUAUUUAUGUAUCUCUGGCAGCUUCGAUAACAAUAUUUCACUUGAAGCUGUCACUGUUCCUGGAAGUUAUUCCUUGAAAUAAAACUUGAGGACCAUU